AUGCGUCCACUCAGCCCGGGAAGCGAGCACUCUCUCUGGCUCUUGCGUCCCGACGUGAACAGGUCUUUGCUCAAAGAAAUAGGAGCUCUGGAGUCUCAGCAAAUAAAAUCAAAGCGGCUCAGGUCUCAGCAGCUAGGACAGGGCCAACUACUACAUCAGGAUGUGGCAGACUUCUCAGAGCGUCUGGCAUUUCAGGCUCUGACUCCCGAGCAGGUGGCAUUCCGUGCUUUGCACAGGAAGCAGUAUGUUGACACUCGGGGCCAAGUCCACGCGACUGGCUACGACUAUGAAUUCACCAAUUCCUACUUCGACAUUGAAGAUAAUCUUCAACGUGGUGGCAACACUUCUUCUGUGAAAUGGAACCAUGGAAAGGAACAGCACAAAGCUCUUGUUCUCUUCAAACUCGGCAGACAUCAACACUGUGAGGUACUGGUUUUAGACACCAUCUUGACCAAGAAAGUUGACCUCAGUAAUGUGCAGCUUUCAGUGUUUCCAUACUACACCUCUCUGGGCACAGCCUUGUAUGGAAAGGAGAAGCCUCUGAUUAAACUUCCAGCACCAUGCAGAGAAUCAUUGGACCAUCUCCUAUGGAAGUUCUUGCAGAAAAAUAAUCACCUGAUUAGGGAGAUAAAUGAUGAAAUGGCACGUUGUCACUGUGAGAUAACUUGGUCCCAACUCAGUGGGAAAGUUACCAUCAGACCUACAGUCACUUUGGCCAAUCAGGGAAGGAAGAAAAUCAAAACCUGGCAGCAAGAUGCUUCUACAGCAUUCUCUGACCUCAGGUCUAGAUACAAGAUCACCUCAUUGAAGGUGGCCCCAAUCAUGUGGGACAUCAUAAAGAACAGUGUAAAAGAUGAUUUUCUUUCAAUAGAGUUUGAUUCACUUAUGGAGCUUGUCACCUUGGUGGGGAGAUCAGAGGAUACAGAAAACAUUGAGUCACAUGUCAAAGAAUUAAUACAAAGCACCACUGAAAAAAUUAAAAGAGCAGAGCAAAAUCUGGAAGAAAAACUGACUAUUUCUCUAGGGAAGUAUUAUCUGUUGCAUGAAAGUAGGACAUUGGAGCUUAUCCGCACCAAUUAUCCAAAGAUAGAGAUUAUUUAUGAUCAUUCUGCUCAGCACAUGUACUUCAAAGGACCCCAGGCAGAUGUUUAUAAAGUCAAGUGUGAAAUACAGGAGAAGGUAUACAGCAUGCCUCAGAAAAACAUUCCGGUUCCCCCUGAGAUUUUCCAGUUUUUGCAACAGGUAAAUUGUAUAGAUUUUUCCAGGUCUCUUUUUAUAGCACAGAAAAUUUUUGCAUUGUAUGAGCUACAGUCUACAUCUGUUCUCUUAAUCAGCUGUUCUUCUGAAGACCUACUAGAAGCUGAAAAGCAAAUGAUGAGUACCUUAAAUUAUAAGUGCAUUAAGAUUGAAGACAGGAAAGUUUUUCAUAACAAGAAAUGGAAAGAACUCAUCAGCAGUUUGCAGGAUUACAAUUCCUCCUCCUCAAAAUGUGUAAUAAUUCAUGACCUAACUCCAGAAACCUCCGCCAAAGUCAUCAUAGCAGGCUGUGUAGGAGAAGUAAACCAAGUUCACACCUCACUGCUCGACUUCCUGAAAACACAAACAAUAAUCACAAAAUUGUUUGAAGUCAAGUCUUCAUUAGUUUUUUAUUAUUUAAAGUCAGAAAAGAAAGUAUUUUGGCAAUAGUUAAACAUGAAAAAUGUACAGGUACAAUUUAAUUCAAAAAGUUUCCCAAAGAGUAUUUCAUUAACUGGUCCCAAGUGCCAAGCUGGGGAGGGAAUGAACCUUCUCAAGCAUGCCAGGGAUUCAGUCUGUGUUAGAAGUGUCCAGAUUGACAAGCCAGGAGCCAGACAACUCUUCCAGGAAAAAGCUUGGUUUUAUAAAAGUGAGGUGAAAAGGCUAUUUGGUUGCUUUGUUGAACUUCAGAAGAAUAAAGAAAGGGAGGAAGGUGGCAGUGAUGGCCAGAAGUGCUACCUCAGGAUGGACGUGUCCCCUGGGGUGUCACUGAGUGUGCAGAAAGGCGACCUAACCUGGUUUCCGGUGGAAGUGGUGGUCAAUGCGGCCAGCGAGGAUCUCAAUCACCUCAAGGGCCUUGCAGCUGCUCUCUCCAAAGCCGCUGGCCCUGAGCUCCAACGUGACUGCGACCGGAUAGUGAAGAGCCAGGGCAAGAUCCUCCCCGGCUUUUUGGUGGACUCCAAAGCUGGAAACCUCCCGUAUGACUACGUGAUCCACGCAGUCGGACCCAGAUGGGAGAAGGCUAAGGCCCAGAAGUGUGCAUACGUGUUAAUGAGAGCUGUGAAGGAAAGCCUGCGUUUGGCUGAAGAGCACAACUACUGGUCCAUCGCCAUCCCUGCUAUUCGCCGUGGAGUCCUGAGCUUUCCCUUACCACAGAGUAUGGAGGCCACUGUUUUGGCCAUCAUGGAGUACUUCCAAUUUCACUCAGAACAACACAGCUUGAAGGAAAUUUAUCUUAUAGAUGCAGCUGAGAAAACCGUUAAAGCCUUUGCUGAAACCGUGGAAACUCAGUUUAAAGACACCCUGCCCGGUACUGCUUCCCAGCCUCCUGUUCGAAGUGCUGGUCAAGCAGGAUUGAGGAAAGAUCAUGGGAACAAACAAAUUCUGUGGGUCCCAGGAGGCUUGAAGGUCCUGAUGGUUAAAGGAGAUGUACAGAGUGCAAAGACUGAUGUUGUUGUCAAUUCCAUUUCCUCGGAUCUUGAACUUAAUCAAGGGCCUCUCUCUCGUGCCCUCUUGAAAAGUGCCGGGAAAGAACUUCAGAAGGAAUUGAAUAGAGCUGGAAAAACCAUGACUGCGAAUGUCGGCACAGUUCUUCAAACAGGUGGCUAUAAUCUGCCUUGCCCUUAUGUGCUUCAUGUGGUGGCUGCAAGUUGGACAAACGAUAAUUCACACAAGAUCAUGGAAGGUAUAAUCAGAAAAUGUUUGGAGAUCACUGAGAACCUGUCCUUGAACUCAGUCACAUUUCCAGCAAUAGAAACAAGAAAUUUGGGCUUUCCUAAAAAUGUUUUUGCUGAGUUGAUCCCGUCAGAAGUGGUCAAAUUUAGUAGCAAGAAACAAACAACAACUUUACAAGAGGUCCACUUUCUGUUGCAACCAAGUGAUCAUGAAAAUAUUCAGGUACAAGUGAACCCAAUUCUGGGUUUUGAAUCUAAUGAAGUUCGUUUCUGUGGGUUAGUCUUUAACCCUAAUAAAGGAACACAUCAAAUGAAGAUUGGUCCCAUUAUCUUCCAGGUGGCCACUGGAGAUAUCACCAAGGAAGAGGCCGAUGUGAUUGUAAAUUCAACAUCAGGCACAUUUAAUCUCAAAACAGGUGUCUCCAAAGCAGUUUUGAAAAGUGCUGGAAAAGAGGUGAAAAUGCAAUGUUCUCUUCAAGCUUGGAAGAGCAACAGUGAUUUUAUUGUUACUGAAGGUGGAUUGUUGAGAUGUAAGAAUAUAGUUCAUGUCAUUGGUGGAAAAGAUGUCAAGAGUUCAGUUUCCUGUGUUAUGCAAGAAUGUGAAAAACGAAAUUAUUCCUCCAUUUGCCUCCCCGCUAUUGGAACAGGACAAGCCAAUCAAGAUCCAGUCAAAGUUGCUGAAUCCAUCAUUGAUGCCAUUGAAGACUUUAUCAUGAAGAGUUCUGUUCGGUCCAUGAAAAAAGUUAAAGUUGUUUUGUUUCAACCUCAAUUACUAGAAAUAUUUUAUGCCAGCAUGAAACAAAGGGAAGGACCUCAGGUUUCUCCACAACAAUCUAUAUCUAAAGGUAAAGUUUUCCUCCCCAUAGCCGAACAGAGUCCUGAAAACAAUCCCUUGGUUUUGGAAAAACAAACUGAAAUGGCAGUUUUUCAAGUGUGUGGACGUGUGGAAAGUGCCCUCUCCUGGAUACAGAAUCUGAUUAUAAAGGAGCAAUAUUCUUGUAUCAGUGAAGAUGAAUGUAUCAAAGACUUUGAUGAAAAGGAGUGCUUUCAGAGGGGGAAUGGCUCAAUGGCCCCUAUGUGA